AUGCAUUUGGACCGUUCCUCCACAUCGGACAGAGAUGCAGCCGUUCUCUUCGAUACAGGCUUGACCGAAUCCAGUGUCAUCGGAAUCAAUGCUCCCAAACGAUAUCGAUUCCGACGCACAGCAACCUGCGCCCCAUACACUCAGCUGACAGGAAAGCCACCAGGCUUUGGUUUUGCAAUUGGAAGUGGAGGGGGCUCGGGCGGAUCCUCAUCAGUAUAUACCAAGUACCUUAUAGAACAAGGAUUGGGUACACCGCUCUGGGAGUCUACAAUUGGUCUAUACAUAGGCUCCAUGAGCUAUCCAACAUACCGUGAUGGCCCAGUCUUCAAAGCCCAGACUCCAGGAGUCAGUGAGUUUGACCUCUGUACAAAUUCCAAGGAAGCCGAGAAUAGAUAUUUCAACAACGGCACUACUCACUUGAAAAUCACUUGUAUCGAUCAUGUUCAAAUUUGCGAUUCGAUGGCCAACCAAUGCUGGUACAUGCCAAAUUACAACGAGCCGAGAAACUUGCUUCGCUCUCGGAACUUAAAUGGCGUCUCUUCCAAUAACGAUUCAGCUCUAGUACUUCUUGAAGCCUGUCUGGCCGACUCCACACUAAUGUCAGUUCUGACCGCAGUAGGUGAUAGACGAUACGGCACGUAUGCGAUGGCUCUCGAAGCAGAAUCUCAUUGUUCUCACCUCUCCUGCGAUGAUCUUCCAGACGAUCAAUGGAAGAUCGAGGUACGACGCUGGUUCGAAGCCUCACUUGCGCGAAUCCAGCUGAAUGUUCUUGAUAUUGUCCGUCCAACAUCUGAUCCUGAGAAUAACGAGACUGUCGAGGAACAAUGGCUCAGAAUACCAGCCGAGUACCGAAAUAUUUGCCACAUGGGGAAAUUCAGAAGCACUGGCUGGCGCAACAUAAGUGUCUGGGGAUUCUUCGGGCUGCUUGGUUUAGCGGCCGUUCUCACGCUCGCGAGUUGUGAAACUGAGAAAGGAGAGCUCUGGAUCGUGCUUGCUGCCGAGUUUAUGGGAUGGUGCUCGAUGAAUGUACUACGACGAUCAGCUUCACUUACGAAAUUUUUCGUCACACACAUAUACCGAGCUCUGAGGGAUAUCUACAAAGACUUACGGGGAGCGUAA